AACUGGAACGUCGCAUCUAAACAAUAUACUGUACUGUACAUGCAGCAAGGCCGAACCGACCGACGCCUCAAAACACGUCGCAGCAAAUUUGACUUUUGACAUUUAAUAUGUCGUGUCUAUAUUCAUACGCACUUUAGCGUUGACAGAAAAAUGCUCGUCACAGGCGCAUUUCACUUUGAAUGCCGUGGAGACGACCUUAGCCACUCGUAGUUGUGUUCGCUAGCGUUGCCAAAUGUAGCCGCGUUAGCCAUCCGGCGGAUUUUAAUACGAGCGUUAGCAUUUAAAGUUAUUGCAAGCGGGGAUUUUUAAUAACAGUGCGGUUAUGUUAGCCCAUUAUUUAUAAUUUCGCGGUGGUUGUCUGUCCUAGAGUAACCGGCGUUGUCCGUCCGGUGUGUUUAUUUCCCCCGGACACUUUCCGCGAUCGAAAAUCUGGCGUUAGCUUAAGCUCCAACCUCAAGUCAGCCAGCAAGCUGGACAAAACGUUGGAUUUAGUCGGCUUUAAGUCGGGCGCGGCGGGUUCGCUGACCCCUCAGAAGAAAAUGAAGAAGAGGAAGGAGCUAAACGCCCUCAUCGGACUCGGGGACAGCAAGAGGAAGAAGGCGAAGAAGGGCUCCGGUCACCGGCUUCUCCGAACCGAGCCGCCGGACUCGGAGUCUGACUCCAGCUCGGAGGAAGACGACGAGUUCAACGGCAUGAGCAGCGGAGCUAGAUUUGGCAAGAGAAGUUACAGUCAAUGCUGCACUGUGUGCUACCCAUUGUUUCUCUUCAUCAUCCUCGUUGCCUGUGUCAUGGCCUGCGCUGGACUCAUAUGGAUGCAGAUUGCCUUGAAGGAAGAUCUGGACUCAAUGAAGGAAAAACUGCACAGCAUAGAAUCCAGCCAAAAGGCGUCGUCAACUGAAAUACCAAAACUCAGCGAGGACCUGAAAAACAAGGACAGGAAGCUUGAUGACAUUGAGAAUGGGAACAAAGGGUUGGGCAAACUCUGGUUCAACCUCACAGAAAUUAACAGAAAGAUCAUUUUGCUGGACUCUGCUGUAAGCCACUUAAAGGCCAAUUUGAAAUCGGCCUCCGAUUUAAUCAGCCUCCCCACUACAGUGGAAGAACUUCAAAAGAGCGUGGCUACGAUCGGAAGCACGCUAACAAGUGUUCAACACGACGUGAAGACGAUGCAGACCGUGCUCGAAAGUCAGACAGAUUCGGACGACGGGCUGAAGACAACGGACAUAAGUGACCUGAGGAAAGCAGUGAGCGAGGCCAACCAGACGGAGGCGAAGCACCACACGUGGAGCGACGAGCAAAUCCACACGCUCCUGUCCACCGUCGCCGAGCUCCAGCACAGAGUGUCGUCUCUGGAGAGCGGCUCCCAACAAAACUUGAAAGAUGCUGAAUUUCAGCCUCUGAUCAGCAGUGGACCUCAAACGACUGAGAUGACUGAGGCUGAAACAACCAAAGUGUCAUCACCAGACAACUUCACGGUAAGUCCUGACCCGCAGACUAGCAGACGCCCACGCUUCCUCCUCCCAAACCGCUCCAAGAGAAACACUGAUGUCAAAUGCCAAACGAGGCGCUUGCUUGCUGGAGUCACUUUGAAAGGUCUGGAAGAAAUCUUCGCUAAUGUCGAUGACGAUCCGGCGAGCCUGACGUACGAAGAGCUUUGUGGGAAACUCGGGCCGUCCCCUCCGAAAGCUCGCGCCUUGAGGUGCUUCGACAGCAACGGCGACAAGAGGUACUCCCUGACGGAGCUGAGGGCCGCGUUCAGAGUGUGAGCGAGUCACCCACGAACAGCAGUCAACAAUAUUCAAGGAAGCCCAGCGCGGUCUGGGGUACGAUUUCUGUAAUUGCUGCACUUUUAUGUGUGAACUGAUUGUCUUCUUCCAGUUUUGUUUGAUCCAGCACAACCUUAGCCCGUCCCCAAAAAGCUUCGUCGAAUCCAAUCAUCGACAGAAUGUUCACCUAUAAGUAUCAUUCUCAACUGACAACUCUACACCAUCAGUCGCUGAGAUUUUUGUUCUCCCCGCAACCCUUCACGCUCCACUUGUAUAAGCGUGAAAUGUAUUUAUAGACUUUUAUGAAUGUUUACAAACGGACUACUAAACGCAGAUUCUGCCAACCUUUUUCCCAUUUUUAGCCACUUUCCUAUCUUAACUGAGACACUUGAUUGAGCCUAAUCCUGUUCAGUUAAUGUAUUUAAUGCAUCUAAAUAGCUUAAGUGCCCCCCCCCCCCCCCCCGUUAAACAAGAUUUGAAGGGCUAUGUUCACUUGGAAACACUAAGAUAUUUAUGUAGCAAUAAUUAAGAGACAUAGCAUGCAGUUGAGCAGGGGUGGGGAACCUACAGCACAUGGGUCAAAAACAUAAGAAAUAAUUGAUCAAGGUAUCAUUUUUUUGCAGUAUGGCCCAUGAAUAACUUGAUCAAAUAAGAAAAUGGCUGCAGUAGGCACAUCAAGAUCAAUGUGUAACAGGUAGUACAACAAGCACUGACAUCACUCUUAUAAUGGGCUUCAGCCUAAUGGUGUAUUUAUGGGAUUUUCCAUAAAAUGACCACUCUGUAAAUUCUCAUUUCAUUUUGUUCAAGGUGUUGGAGGAGUUAUUUUAGAAUUCUGAGCUUAAACAUUGUUCUUUUAAGUUGUGCUUUGCAAGUUGCUUACAAUAAUGUAACAUGUAAACAUUUAUUUAUGACAAAGCUAGAAUUGUCAACCACGCUGCGGUAGUUCAGACAUUGAGCUCGGAAUGCAACGGCAGGGGCCACUGUGAAAGGUGUUGGUGUAGAUCAGGGAUGGGGAACCAAUGGCCUAAAACACAUUAACCUACAAACGCUCAGAAAGUAUAAUUAACACUAGUUUGAUCAUAUUUUUCAUUGAUUUAGGAUGGCUCUUGGAGGACUGGUUCUCCAUCCCUGAUCUAAAUGCUGCCACGAUGAGAUUUUAUUAGUGUUUUGUUUGUGAGCAUCAAUGAAUAAAGAGUUAAAACAUU